AUGUGGCAAUUCCUUAAUCGAAAAAUCUCCGAUGGAAUCUCUGCACGUGAUGCGUUCUACGCCACAGAGGCGCAGAAAAUCUUAUCAAUGUUUAACCACAUAACAGCUAGACUUAAUAUCAUCGAAGAAGCCCGCCGUAAUGAUUUUGGCAGAAUUUCAUCUGAAAUAAACUCUAUCAAUUCUUCGAUUGAAGCUCUCCAGAAUAAAAUGAUUCGACAUUAUACGCUUGCUGUCACCCGAAGAAUUCAGCCAAUCGAAACUGAUCAGCUGAGCAUGGCAAGCCCGUCAAGUCAGUCACGUGCAAGUAUAUCCUCCAGUUCUGGUUCUAGUGCAAUAAUAUUCAGAGGCAUUAGCUUAACUGUCUGGACCCGAUUCAAGCAACUCUUCGACCAAAUAAGGGACGAAAAACGACUUAAUUCGGAAGAGAUGUGCCUUCACGUUGCAACGGAAAUUCGUGCACUUGGAGGGAAAAUCAAAAAGAAUACGAUUCAGGGGUUUUAUGAGAGAAAUAUUACAAAGAGUGAUGGUUACAUUAGUACAUUAGAUGAUAUUGGUUUAUGGGUAGAUAGUAAAAAUAACGAAAAUUUAGAUAGCAAUUCGGCGUAG